UCAGUGACGAGAUAUUCUAUCACAUGACCAAAUAUGGCAGCUUUCAUGAUUCGCCGCGAUAUGUGAACGGCAACCUUUCCUCUGAUGAGUUUACUGACGGAUACAGAUAUAACUACUGGCCAAUGCAAAGAUGGGUGCACCAGGAAAACCUCACUGGGUGGAAGAGCUGUUCCCUGUGACAUUCACCCUCGAUUCUGCUGACCUUGACCUUGACACACAACCAGCUGACAAAGAUGUUCAGAGGGCAGAUAAAAAAGAACCAGAGACCAAAAUUUCCCAGUUUGAUCUCAGCUCCAUCAAAAAUGUGUAUGAGAGGGUUUUAUUGAUGACUCAGUUUGAGGAAGAGGAGAGAGAGAAGGAGAAGAGAGCAAAGGAAUUAAGAAAAAAAGGAGAGUUAAAAUUUCGAAGUCGAGGCUGCCAGACGGAGACCGUCCCUGUCGACCCUGAGGAUUCUGCCAUUUGGUCCACAAAGGAGAUCAGUGUAUUAAGGAGCGUGUUCAGGACAGCCAAGGAACAGAAUGCCAAACUUAAACAUGUGGCAGAGGAUUUAGACAGAUGUAACAAGGAACUUGAAACAAGGUGCAAAAGUCAGGCAAAGGCUUUAGACGCGAGGAACAAAUCCUUACGGGAAGUUGCUAAAGCCAACGAGAGGCUGAAAAUUCUGUGCGAUAAUCUGAAAGUAAACUUGCAGAAAGCUGGUAGUGAAAUUGAGGAGUUAACAGCAGAAUUGAGGCACACAAAAUCUUUGUACUCUGAAACCUGUAAAGACCUGAACCUAUUGCGAAAAGACCAUGAUCACCUUAGACUUAUUCACAAGAAUGUAAUGGUUGACAUGGAAAAUCAACAACAAGAGUUUUUAAGAGAACAUAGACUCAGGGAGGAAAAUAUUAAACUUUUGUAUGAAAAUGAUAUCUCUGACUUGCAGAGAAAUCUGGCAUCAGUAUCGGCAGAGUUAGAGAAGGAGAAGCAGGAACAUUAUAUGACAAAGAAAGGGCUGGAACACCUGAGGAAACAUUUCAGUAGUUUGCCCACUGAGUCUGCAUCCAGUGCUUUUAUCUCAGAAACUGAUGUCACCAAUCUGGAUUACUAUCCAUGACAGUACCCUCACGGAAAUCAUAAUGUCACUAGAAUUGUUUUUCUUUUCUCAGUGUCAUUCCACCAAUCACUUUCUUAAAGCAGACAUAUGUUGAGAUUGCUCUAAACAGCCAUCUAUGGAAAAGUUCUAAAUACUAGGAAAAAACUUCAUCUUUUUUUUUUAUUAAUACCAAUGAGCGUAGUUUUUUAUAUUUAACCUCUGAAUUAAAUGGGAAUACCGUUUUGUUGCACCCUUUAUUUUUAUUUUUUUAAUUUGCUGUAUCAGAGAUAUAGCACUCAGAAAAAAUAUUUCAUUCAAAAAUUUCCUUCAGUCUUAUUUUUAUCUAACAAAGCUAAUAUUUCCCGACCUUCAAUAAAUAAAAAUGUAUUCUGAAGCGAA